UCAAAGUGUCAAUUCUCUAAGCAGAGCAGCAGUUUUUAAUUAAAUGGGCCCCGUCUAAAUUGAAUUAAAAGUGUCAAAAUCCAGGGAAAAUGUUAUCUUUAUGUAAACAACAGCUGACCUCAAACCUUCAAAGGUCUGGUUUGAGAUGUCUUGGCUCUGUGAUCCCUGAAAUGAAGAUCCAGGAUUUCGGGGUUAAAAAUGAGCCCGUCCUAGAGUACCUUAAAGGCUCCAAGGAGCGUAAAGAAUUGGAAGCUGCUCUGCAAGAAGUAGCAAGUAAAACUGAAGAAGUUCCUAUUGUUAUUGGGGACAAAGAGUUGACUUCUAAUGAUGUCAGAUACCAGGUUAUGCCACAUAACCAUAAAAAAAAGAUCGCGAAAUUUUACUACGCGAACAAAGAUCAAGUCAACCAGGCGAUUCAGACGGCCUGUGAAGCCCAGAAGAAAUGGGACAGAGUACCAAUCCCAGAAAGAUUGAGGAUUUGGGAGAAAGCCGCCUCUCUCAUGGCUGGGCCGUGGAGGGCUAGGUUAAACGCGGCAACAAUGCUGGGCCAGGCCAAGACGACAAUACAGGCUGAAAUCGAUUCUGCCGCCGAAUUAAUAGAUUUCUUCAGGUUGAAUUGCUAUUUUCUGAAGGAGGCGACCAAAUAUCAACCCAUCUCGGAAAACCCUAAGGUGACGAAAAAUUCCAUGAGGUACAGAGGUUUUGACGGUUUUGUAGCCGCCAUUGCUCCUUUCAAUUUUACCGCCAUCGGCGGUAACCUCGCUUACACUCCAGCUCUUAUGGGCAACGCGGUGCUCUGGAAACCCAGCGAUACCGCCGUACUAUCAAACUGGUACAUCUUCGAGAUCUGUCGCGAGGCAGGAGUGCCCCCAGGCGUCGUAAACUUCAUUCCCGCCGACGGGCCAGUUUUUGGCGACAACAUAACCGCCUCUCCCCACCUGGCCGGUAUCAACUUCACCGGAAGCGUUCCCACUUUCCAGCGUCUGUGGAAGCAAGUGGGUCAAAACAUCGACCGCUACGUCAACUUCCCGCGUUUGAUCGGGGAAUGCGGCGGUAAAAAUUACCACUUCGUUCACCCCACGGCAGAUGUCACUAGCGUGGUGACUGGCAGCAUCAGAAGCGCUUUCGAGUUUUGCGGGCAAAAGUGCAGCGCCCUUAGCAGGAUGUACGUGCCCGAGUCUCUGUGGCCAAAGGUGAAGGAAGGUUUAAUCGAAGAAGCCGACAAGCUAAAAAUCGGCGAUCCUACUGAAUACGACAGUUUUACGUCGGCUGUAAUAGACGACAAAGCUUUCAAGAGGAUUUCCGGUUACAUUGACCACGCGAAAAACUCCUCAAAUUUGAGUAUCAUCCGUGGCGGAAAAUACGACGACAGCGUCGGUUACUUUAUCCAACCAACAAUCGUUCAGUCUACGGACCCAUGCGAUAAAAUCAUGGUGGAGGAAAUUUUCGGGCCCGUUUUGGCAGUAUACGUCUACAAGGACAAAGAUGUCGAAGACGUUUUAAAACUCAUCGGCGAGUCCACUGCUUUCGCUCUCACUGGCGCCAUCUUCGCUCAAGACGAGGCGUUUUUGAAGAGGGCUGUGGAAGACCUGAAAAUGACGGCUGGUAACUUUUACGUCAACGACAAAUCCACGGGCAGCGUUGUCGGGCAGCAACCUUUCGGUGGUGCCAGAAUGUCGGGUACCAAUGACAAAGCCGGUGGACCUCACUACUGUCUUAGAUGGGGCAACCCUCAAGCAAUUAAAGAAACAUUUGUCCCAUUGAAAGAUAUCAACUACCCUUAUAUGUCUCAAGUGUAAACGGUUGAUUUGUCUACACCUACAACUAUUUUUUUCUUCACCUGAUCAUUUUUAAUUUAAUUUUAUUAACUAGUUUAUGUGAUAUUGAUGUUUUGAUUUUUAAAAUCGCUAGGGAGUUAAUUAAUAUGAUUAACCGAAAAAACACUUUCAUUUUUUCUCAUAAAACUGCCCCACCCAAGGAUGUAAAAAUAAAAUGAUGGUUACCAAAAAAGCGGGUUGAUUUUUUUAACGUUGGAAAUAUUGACAAUAUUAUGAAUACAAUUAUUGUUGAAUGUGAAAUAUAACUACUAAGAUAUAAAUUUUAGAGUAUCUAUGUAAAUUUUGAUUUUUUUUUGUGUAUAAAUAAUACAUAUCCGCAAGAAUAUGUAGCACGUUAAUUUUGUUUGUAUAGGGUCUAUUUAUUUUACAGUAUUCUAUUAAUUUUCUAAAUGUAAAUUUAAAGUGUACAUUGUCGUAGCAAUAAAGAGCUUUGUUGUUUAA